AUGCUGUUCACCAAGAAGCCGCUCGCCAUCCUCCUUGCCAUUGUGGCCGUAGUACACGCCGCGCCGGUAGCGGUGGAGGCUCGCCAGGAUGUCGGCACCACCUCCAAGUCUUUCGACGCGGUCAACCACAACAGGGUAGAGACGAACGCCCAGGGGUUCCACUACCGUCGCGAGGUGCAGACCCAGGAUGAUCUGUGGGAUUUCCUGGGCAGCCUCAACACCGAGCUGUUCCCGAUUCUCGUGUAUGGCGAGCAGGAGCCCGAGCGCCGCGGUGAGUGGGUCAAGGCCGUGCUCGAUUAUAUGGCCGCGACCUGGCCCAGCAAGAACAUCAUCAUUUUCAAGCGGUACAUUGGCUUCACCGUCGAGUCGCCCAACUAUGCCGGCGAUUACCAGGAGACGACCUACACCUAUGUCGACGACAAGAGCGGCAUUUCGACCGACUUUGGAAUGGUCACAUCCAGCGGACAGGGCACGCUCAGGCGCAACGGCGCUGAUGGAGGUUGGCAAAACUGGGGAUACUAUGGGACGUUCAGCACCGAGGACGGCGGUACCAGAAUCGAGUUCUACUAG